AUGCACGUUCUCAUCAUUGGUGCUGGGCCAGCUGGCCUUACAAUCGCCCAAUGUCUGCGCAAAGAAGGGAUUUCUUACGAAAUCUUUGACCGAGAUCUCCAUCAAGAUGCUCGAUUUCAGGGAUAUUCUAUCUCUGUCCACACAAUUAUCCAAGACUUUGUCACACUGUUCCCUAACGAUAUGCCCGAUUUCGAACAAGCCACAAGCAACCUUUUGCCGCUUAAAAUUAACGCUCAGAUUAAUGUGCACUAUCCGAAUACAGAAAACCGUUUAGGUGUGGAGUGUGAGCCGCAUUACGCCUACAUCAGAGUGGAACGAGCUCGCCUGCGCCGAUGGCUGUUGACAAACAUUGAUGUUCAAUGGAAUAAACAUGCAGUCGAGUUUCAUCAUGAUGACCACGGAGCUACGGUCAAAUUCAAGGAUGGUACAGUCGCUACAGGAGACUUUCUCAUUGCAGGUGACGGUGCAAACAGUAAAAUUCGAGAGCAUCUCCUGGGGCGUCCAAACAGCGAAACACUUCGAUCAUGCCCCAUUUCCACCAUUUCGGGUGAAAUGGAGCUUUCUGGGGAGGCAUUCCGACGACAGCUCGAACUAUCGCACAGCGCCUACAACUCCGUCAGCGACAAUCCACGGUUUGUGAUGUUACAUGGGAUUCACUAUGUGUACCCCGAUGGCUGCUCUGGUAAUUUCUACUGGGAUUAUUUUGAGGAAGACGACACGGUGGACGACCCUAACCAUUGGUUGAGAACGGCAACACAACAGGAAAAGCUGGACUAUGUCUUGGGUAAAGUCCACUCGAGUUUCCCACCGCGGCUUUGUGAAGCCAUAGAAUUAACGCCAGUGGAGGGCAUGGUGAAGAAGUACCAUCUUUGGAAGGAUAUCCGCCCUGAAAAUCUACCCAACGGACGAUGCAUUCUUGUGGGCGACUCCGCACAUGUCAUGGCGCCGUUUCGAGGCCUUGGAGGAUUCAAUGCCUUUACUGAUGCUUUGAAUUUAUCCCGAGGUUUAAUCAAACUCCAUCACUCGGGUAAUGAAGACGACCUCAAAGAAGUUGAGAAGACGGUUGGCGUCUACAAUGAGGAAAUGAUGCGCCGCGGGCAGGCUGCUGUGGAUCGGUCAAGAGCAGGUACUACUGACGCAAUCAAUACUGCAUGGUUUAUGCGUCUCAUUUUGAAGUGGAUUCCAUGGGCCACAACGACGUUCUUGAACUGGGGCAACCCCGGAAAUAGGCUCAAGCUGAUUCCUCGAUUGAGAGUCGAGUUGCCAAGCGAUUCAGCUUCUUAG